CCAUGUUCAUUGUUUUAAUUUAAAAUGUCAACUUGACCAACCAGAAAAUUGAAAAGGCAAAAGGACCAACCAGAGAAGUAACUCAGCGCAACAUAAGAACCAACCAAAAAGCUAAUUUGUGUCAGUUCUUAGAAUUCGACACAAUAAUGACUUCGGAUGCUGCUCAAUUGUUAGCAACCUUUUGGCCAAGAGUUAUGAAUGAAAUUAGGACAAAACCUCUUCAAAUGCCAAAAUCUGGAAGCAAGAAAGACGAACCUAUCCAGGAAUUACCACUUGCUAGGAUUAAAAAGAUAAUGAAGCAAGAUGGUGAAGUAAAAAUGAUCAGUGCUGAGGCACCAAUAUUAUUCUCUAAAGCUGCUGAAAUUUUUAUCAGUGAAUUAACACUAAGAGCAUGGAUACACACUGAAGAUAAUAAAAGGCGCACUUUACAGAGAAAUGAUAUUGCAAUGGCAAUAACUAAAUAUGAUCAGUUUGAUUUUCUUAUUGAUAUUGUUCCAAGGGAAGAAUUAAAGCCGGUAAAACGUCAGGAGGAUACUCUUCGUCACCAAGUUAAUGUCCUACCACCAGAGCAGGUGCAGUAUUAUUUUCAACUUUCACAACUUCAGCAAAAUGCAUCCUCUGGGAGCACAUCACAAGCACAAAUAGGGCAUUUGCCACCAGGGGCUCACAUUAUUCAACAAAAUGGUCAGGUUAUUAUUGCAGCCCAACCUCAUCAGAUUGCUGCUUUAGCUGGUGCAACUUCCAACAUUCAUCAAGAAGGUCAGCAAGAACAUCAUAUAAAUGAAUCUGAAUCAUCUCAUCAACAUCAACAUCAAUCCGUAGAGCAACAAAUUAUUCAACCAACGCAAGGAACUUCUCAGAUACAUUAUAUCAGAAUUCCUCAGGGUACUCUUCAUCAAGGACAAAACUUAACUCAAAUUUUGCAGUUACAACAACUACAACAGCAGCAGCAGCAACAGCAUUCUUGUAAUUCUCAAUCAUCCACUGAAAAUCAGAACAAUUCUGUAAGUAAUGCUCGCCAACAAGAAGCUGUUUAUUCUCAAAUAUAUCAGUCAAUUCAGGGUUUACCAUCUGGAGCUGUGUAUGUGAUGGCUCAACCAACUAAUUCGCAAGUUUCUGGAUUAAAUCAGUCAUAAUAACUAAUUUACCUUUUGAUGGUAUUGCUAAUUGAUUGUAGCAGCGUGUAGUAUAGCAUUGCAUUUGUUAUAGUAUGCAAAUUGCAUGGCAUCCUUGCUACAAUGUAUGGAGUUGGAAUUUAGUUAUAAAAUUAGGACAUUAUUUUAUAUCCAUACAAUGUUAUAGAGUUCACCGAUACCCAAAAGUAACACAAAAGUUACGCAAAAUUGCUAGCUACUGAAUUCUAGUUCUAAUUUAUUAAUUUUGUUGAUAUUUAAAUCAUUUUAGUGUUAAUUUAUUCAUUUUGAUGAUAUUUUAUGGUAAUUUAUUAGCAGAUUAUUAUAUAAGCCGUUUUUUGUUUUUGUUUGAAAUAAAUUUAAGUAAAGAUUCCUAAA